AUGUACGACGAACUUGACACAUCGAAAAUCAAAAGUUGGCGAUCGAUCAUCACCUUGAUCAUUUUUGUUAUAACUAAUACCAUUGUCCUUUUCCCAUUCCAUAUCCCUCUAUACCUACCUCGAUGGCUCACCAACGGGUUUCUGGACAUCUUGAGUGCCAUGCGCAUAAUACCCCACCGGACUCGUUCUCGAUCCAAUGAUAAGCAACCCAUUUUUGUGAAGUUUCGCUUUCCAUUGAACUUUGUCACGGCGCCUUUAAUAGCGGAUCUCUUCCUUCUCGCUAUUUUGGCUAUUGGCCGAAAAGAGGUACAUGAUGGAAUAGUCGGGGCCGACAACAUUAAUCCCAUUGAUAUCAUGGUCUUCUUCCUCACACUCGCCUACAUUGCCAUCUCGAUUGAUGCCUCCGGCCUUAUCAGAUAUCUGGCCUUCAGGGUUCUCCAAAAGGCAGGUAAGGUCGGCCACCGACUGUUCUUUUACCUGUUUGUGUUCUUCUUCGGGUUAGGUAGUUUCAUCGGAAAUGACCCGAUCAUUCUGUCCGGUACAGCUUUCCUCGCAUACAUGACCCGUGUAUCAAGCAAUAUCGUCCACCCCAGAGCCUGGAUCCACAGCCAGUUUGCUGUAGCAAAUAUCGCCUCCGCGAUUCUUGUCUCCUCCAACCCUACCAACCUAGUCCUUGCAGGCGCCUUCAAGAUCAAGUUCAUUGUCUACACAGCCAACAUGAUCGUUCCUGUAGUUGUGACGGCUAUCGUUCUUUUCCCAUUCCUGCUAUAUAUCAUUUUCGCCGACGAAUCCCUCAUCCCUCUGUCCAUCACAAUGCAUGAGCUUUCUGAGGACCAAAAGAAUAAAACACCCGUGAACCCCAACAUUCCUCAUGCCAGAGGAACCUCCGAAGAGAAAGAGGAAGCGGAUGACCUGGAGGGAAAGCAGCUCUCGCUAGAAGAGAUCAUGAACCCAUUCUUAGAUAAGAAGGGUGCAUCUUUCGGGGGGAUUAUUAUGGCCGCUACGCUUAUCACCCUCCUGGCAAUUAAUGCAUCAGGCAAAGAGAAUCCCGUUUUCUGGGUUACAUUGCCUGCUGCUUUUGUUAUGUUCUGCUGGGAUCUCGCAUUUGGUUGGCUCCAUCGCCACGACACCCGUGAGAUUGCCGCGAAGGGUCGACAGGAGGUUGAAGAGGCGCAGACAGAGCGAGAAAUGCGCAGACAAGAGGAGCAGCAACCACUGCCAGAAGUGAUGGGUCCGGAUACCUCGGGGUCGGACCAGCCUGAGCAAUAUGAUGCUUUGGGUAUGCGCCACUACAGCGAGCAUACAGAUGACAAUACCUCGCUUAAGAGCACCGAUAGUGAUGCCGCCUCAAAGAACCCCGACCCAGAAUGCGGAACUCCAUUGUCAGCUUCUGUCCUCGUCGAUAAGGAAAAGUUCCCAGAGCUACGGCCAGGCGGCGUUGCGAUUGACAGCAAACAACUAGCUCGCGCAACGACUCCCGAGGCACUGGACUCGAGACAAACCACCGACACGACUAUCGAUGAGGAGAAGCCAGAACAUCCAUAUUUUCAGGCCAGCGGCCCACGCACGUUGGCGUCGCUCGCUUCUGAUCUCUAUCGCUGGUCACAGGAGACAUUCCCCACCGUGACGGUCGUCGUAUCCCACAUGCCUUUCGCACUGGUACCCUUCGCUUUUACGAUGUUUAUCCUGGUGCAGGCGCUUGUCACCAAGGGCUGGGUUCCGGUUUUUGCGUACGGAUGGAACCACUGGGUGGAAAAGACCGGGGUAAUAGGCAGUAUCGGUGGGAUGGGAUUCCUAUCUGUGAUUCUGUGCAAUUUUGCUGGCACGAACAUCGGCACCACGAUUCUCCUCUCGCGCGUUAUACAAGCAUGGCAGAAAAUCCACGAAGCCAACGGAACUCCCAUCAGUGAUCGCACAUGGUGGGCCACUGUGUACACCAUGGCACUAGGAGUCAAUUAUGGCGCAUUUAGCACGGCGUUUAGUGCUUCGCUGGCUGGCAUGCUGUGGCGGGAUAUCUUGGCGAGAAAGCACAUCCGUGUUGGCAGUCUGGAAUUUGCCCGUGUGAACCUUCCCAUCAUUGCUAUCUCUAUGGUGGUUGGGUGUACCGUUCUCGUUGGAGAAGUGUAUCUUGUCAGAAGUGAUGAGCCCUACGUGCCGUCUUGA